AUGGUAGACAUUGUCGAGGAACUGGCUGCUGAUAAGAUAACUGGAAGAGCUGACGCUGGCACUGGCGGCGAUGGUCCUGGAGGAAAAUUCGGCCUGGAAAAACUGCCUGAUACAAAACAGAAAGACUGCUCUCUUGGAAUAGCAAUAGGUUUUCUGAUUCCGCCCAUACUGGUCAAGAAUAGCGAAGUGAUGGAGAGUAUUGGAGCUGGCCUCUCGACUCUCUUCUACUCAGUUGCUAUACUCACCUCAGUCUUGCUGGUUCUAAUAUUAAUCUUUUUCCAGGGUAAGCCACCUCUGCCCCCCAGUCCGGCACAAGCUGUGCAAACGCAACGCCGAGUCUGUGCCAUUCGCCACCUCUAUCAAACACCUGGCUACCAACCCGGCCUAUGUAUUGCUCUUGGUAUCGUACGGUAUCAAUGUUGGUGUAUUCUACGCAAUAUCCACUUUGCUGAACCAGAUCUUUGUGGCCCACUUCCCAGAGAUCUUCAGGACAUUGGUUUCUUAUUCACUGGACAAACAGUGACAGUGGCUUUCUGGCGCUCUCAGGAUCAGCUGUACCUGUUUGAUCCUCAUCCAGUAGAUGAGUUCAGAAAGCAUGAUUUUGGAUAA